AUGAGAGUUCUUCCGCAGAGUUCGAGUCUGGAGAUUCAGGGCCGGCACGGCCGACGGAGCGCGGUGGUUCUGGGUUCGGAGGUCACGGAGGUGCAGCGGCUUUGGGAAAGGCCUUGGCUGAGGUUUCGUGGGUCUUGUGGUUCCUGGCCCUUCUCUGAUCCUCACGGUCGUCCGCGUCAGUACUGGGAGAUAUUCGCGUGCGGCCUCCAUUUCCUGCAGCUCCUCUACUUGUGCUUCCAGGCGGCCUUCCUUGCAGAGGCGGACUACCAGGAACGAAGCUAUUUGGAGCUCAACGCAGUCUUGCUGGCCGUGGACCUGUUUUGGGUUGUGGACCUUUUUGUAAACUGCACCACCGGCUACCGGGAUGAUCUGCAAAUCCUUCAUAGCGAGGCCUGCUCCAACGCCCGGCGCUACAUGAAGUCCUGGUUCCUCUGGGACCUCUUAGCCACACUGCCGGCGCUUCUCCUGCACGUGCACCUGGCGCUGGACCCACACACUUUCGGCUUCUGGCCGCUGAGGCUGCUUGGCCUGACGCCGCUAUUGCGCUCCUUCCGGCUUCGGCAUGCCUACGCCUUGCUGCGGCGCUUGGAAGCCAACAUGAAGUCCUCGCUGCUAUCUUCGGCAUGGUGGCUCUUCCAGCUCUUCAUGUUCCCUAUCAUCUUCUCGCACCUCUCCGCCUGCGCGCUGUGGGGCUUGGGCCACAGCAACCUCGAGGCCGAUUCGGAGACCUCGAGCUGGAUCAAGAAGGGCCUGGACAUCUCAGACGAGCCCGGUGCGCUGCAGGCUGUGCCCUUAGGAGAGCGCUACAUGACGGCACUGUACUUUGCCAUCACUGUCAUGUCCACCGUGGGUUUGGGAGACAUCAGCAUGAGCCUGGCUAAUGAAAGGGCCUUGCUGUGCAUCAUUAUGGCCACUACCAGCUUGGUCGUGGGCAUUGCUGUAAAUGGUGUCUCUACGAUCGUGUCAAAGCUGAAUGAAAAGACAGCCGCAGACAUGGAGCAACUGGCGCAGGUUGCAAAGUUUCUGAAGGUGUAUAGAGUUCCUGGGGAGUUACAAUCACGGGUUCACGACUACCUCUUGCAAGUCUUCGAGAAUCGGGAACGAGAAGAGACAAAACUGAUGCUCAUGGGCUGGCUGAAGAAAUCUGAAGCCCUUCGGGUCAAGCUGAACAUGGCUCUGACGGGGACAUGCUUGACACAGCACCGGUGGCUGAAGCUUCUUCCUCCCGAAGUUUUGGCAAACAUCUGCGAUAUCUGCGACACGGAGUUUCUCCCUCCGGGGCAGGAGCUCAUCACGGAAGGAGCAGUGGUGAAGAGUUGCUUUUACGUUCGGAGCGGUUCGCUGACAGCCCAACUUAGGUGCGACGGGCGUGUGUCUUCUAAGGUGUCCCAGGCAUGGUCAGCAACAUCAGGCGAUGAAUGUGCCGAUGGCGAUGGAGAUCAGGACGAUGAUGAGAUUCAGAAGGAGAUUGAGGCUGCUGAUGCAGGUAGCUCGGACGAAAGGUUGAAUGGGGGGGCGUUCGUCGGCGACUUUCGACUCUUUCUAGGGACAAGCCGUAGCUUGAAGACGGUGAAAUGCCUGUCCUUCUGUGAGCUUGUGUCCAUCGACGUGGAGAAGUUCCAGUCCUUGAUGAGCGACGCGCUGCCUGAGCUUUUCGAUAUCCUCGUGAUCUACUCGGCGAUUGACCAUGACUGUCCCAAAGCGAUGCUCCACUGCUUGGAGGAGCAGGGCCUCUCUCCCGAGAUGCCUCUGCUUUUUGGUGAGGGCGUGCUUCAUCAUUGCGCCAAAGUGAACGCAGUUUCAUGCGCUGAACGCUUUAUCCAGCACCUGGGCGACCGAAGUCGAGACGCUGCCUUGGUGCUGGACCAGGAGGGAAAGACGCCUGCGCAGCUGGCCGCUGCGUUGAAACACAAGGAUACCUUCUGGAGCAUACUUCUGUGCAGUGGGGGCAGCAGCAGCGUCACAGAUGCCGAUGUUUUUCCUCAAGCGACACACGCGGUACACGCAAAGCACAAGCAAAUGGCGGUGCCACCGACAUGGGCAGCAGAGCAAGGUGAGCAACUUUACACUGCGGCAAAGGUCCGUGAGCUUUUCAACAGUUGCAAUGUCCAUAGCUGUGUAACGUUCGGUCAAGAUGGCCGCAAAAGUAUGGAGGAUUUGGUGGCUGAGCUGAACUCCUGCCAGAGUGAGCUCGUGGUCUUGAAGCAAAGUCUGCUGAGGCGUGUGCGGAUGGUUAGGCUUCGCCUCUUAGCCGUCAUCGAUGGCAGCGCUUGCGUGCUGGCGGAGCUUCAAUCAGAUUCUUGGCUGAAGGCACCCGACCAGAAGCUGGCAAAGCUUCCGGGCCGACGACUUCAACGCCACGAAACGGAGCAAGAGGCAACGCAGAAGCUCAUGAAAGAGUUGGGUCUUGCGCCAGAUCUCUUGGAGGAGGACUUGGUCAUUCCUCUUGCGAAGACUUGUCAUGUCGAGAUCAGAACGUCCAUGUCCUAUCCAGGCUUCGAGACCGAGUAUACCGUGUUUGAGUCCACAUGGAAGAUCCGAGCACAGGCCUUGCUUCAUGCUAAAGAGAUCGGACUUCCGACUGGCAAGCCUUUCAUGAGCAAGCUAUGGACACCUUCGUUCCGGGUUGUGCACCGGCAGUUCUUCUGGCCGGUCCUCUGCAACGUUUAUCUGUCGGAGAAUGCUACUGAAGCCCCCGCUACGCUGGACCACGAGGAGCGCGACAGCGGGUCAGGCAGCUGGGUAGUCAACCCGCUGCGAGGACUACUGAGGGCGCAGCAAAACUAA